AUGCCUCUAUCUCAAGGUCGCAAGCGGAAAGUGCGUGCUGUUUUUGGUCUCGUCGAUGAUGUGCUGGCAACGGGCAGUUCGACUGAGGUAAUUGUGCGCACCGAGAGUGACUUCAAAAGGCGUUUCGAUAUGACUGACAGCGGCAAGUGCGCGUUCGUAUUGGGCAUCGAGCUGGUGAACAACAUCGACGGUAGUGUGACAAUGUGUCAGCGACGAUACGUGGACGAUGUUCUCAAGCGUUUUGGCAUGAGUGAUUGCAAGGCCGUCAUCAGUCCAACGGAUAUCAGUUCUCGACUCACACCAAGCGACGCAGCAUCCAAGAACAACGCUCCGUCUCGUGAAGCAGUAGGUGCUUUGAUGCACUUAAUGACCGCGAAAAGACCGGACAUUGCUUUUGUUGUGGGCUACGUUUCGCGUUCCAUGGAGAACCCCAAGUCGAGCAUUGGAUGGCAGUCAAGCGAAUUCUUCGUUAUCUACAAGAAACCAAGUCACACGGCAUCUUCGUUAAACCCGACAACAAGUGAUCAUGAAGACCGCAAGUCGACUUCAGAAUGUGCGUCUAUCCUGAUGGGUGCUCCGAUAAGCUGGAAAAGCAAGAAGCAGUCAAGUGUGUCGCUGUCAACAAGUGAAGCUGAGUACAUUGCGCUAAGUCUGGCAAUUAAAGAAGGCAAGUGGGUGCAUCGCCUGUUAUGCGAGAUUCUGAAUGCCGCAGAGGACAAGCCCAGACCCGAGCUCAAGAUCAUGGAAGACAAUCAAUCGUGCAUCAAGAUGACGAAGAAUCCUGUGAACCAUGGUCGGGCCAAUCACGUCAACACCAAGUACCACCACAGUCGCGAUGAAGUCAAGCGUGGUGAUGACAAGUCGGAGUACUGUGAGACUGCGAUGAUGAUGGCGGACAUCAUGACAAAGGGACUGCCAGGACCGCGUCACAGGGAAUUGACGGCAGCGCUUGGCAUACACGCGUGUUCGCAUUGA